AUGUCGAGUCGGGCCAAAUCGCGAGACAAUCUAAGCGAUGCCAAAGUCAAGUCACCACGCAAGGAUUCCAACAUGGCAUUGGCCACCGCAUCGUCCGCAAACACAGUAACACUCAACAUCAAAGUUAUCAAUGCAAAGAACUUGAAGGGUAUUAAGGGUGACAAAGUCAGUACUCUUGUAAGGGUACAGUUUGCCGAUUUCGAACCUAAAGAAAGUCCUGUUAUCGCCGACAAUGCCAACCCCACGUUUGGAUUUACAUUGGAUCAGACUUUCAAUCUCGAUGAUAACCUGAUUGACAUUUUCGCAAACCGAAAACUAGUUCUAACACUGAUCGAGUCACUACCUAAAGAAAAAACCGCUGUUCUAGCAACGGCCGAAGUAUCCCUCGGCGCCAGAUUCCUGAAAUAUCCUCCACGACUAGACUCGGCACCAUCGGAUGCACCUCUAUCCUCCCCCGAACUAUCCUUUGUUGAAACAAUCACUUGGACUUAUGUUACUCCUAAAAUGGUGGCUGGAUCUGAUGCUCCACUCGUUGAUAUUGAAUUGUCGCUAUCAAAGUGUUUGGUGUCGCCUGCUGAUUGGGAAGCUGGAAAUCUGGUUGCGUUUACUAUUGCUGAUAUGGCACCUGUUCCUGAUGAGUGGACUACGAAGGAAGGAUCUGAUCGGGAUCCGAAUUCAAAUAUUUAUACCUACACAGUCAAUCUCGUACUUUCUGGACAAGCCGGUGAAGAGAGGGCGAUUAGUUUCCCUGGAGGAAUACUGCUGAACUCUGAUUCUCCCUCUGCCAUGGAAUUGCCCAUCGGAUCACAACCUAUGUACACUACCAAAUCAUCUUCCCCUACCGAUGGAAAACCCGCAGAUGAGAAACCGGCACUAGAAGUAGCUCGUAACCCAGUACCAUCCAAACGAGUCGAAUGGUCAUCCCUGGUAACCCAAAAGUACAUAUGGGUCAAUAAGAACUUUAUGGCUCGACUACGUGAACGAAUACAGAGUCGACGACCUAUUGAGCUUGAGAUGAUACGAGAGCUUCAGCCUAAAUUUGCUGGUGUUGCGGAUAGUCAGUCGGUCAAGUACAAGGGCCGAGUUAAUAUUGAUUGUACACCAUUGUUGUUUCCGCGUGUCAUUGGCUUUAAAGGACGAUAUGCAGUGGAAGGCGACGACCGUGACCGCCGUCUAUCAGUAGUAGAAGGCAAGCCUUCUAUGGGUUCAGAUACGUCUUUGCAUCAAAAGGAAGGGAAAUCUAAACUGACCAAAGAGGGAAGUGACGUGUACAAGACUCUUGGAACCUCGCUGGGAGUCGAGAUUCUCUUGGGCAAACCAUUGCUGGAUAACAAGAAGCUUCAACCUACAGCACGCUCCGUCUCUGACUACAUACCACGACGAAAACUGCCAGCACAUCUCGUCCACCAACAUGCAGGUGAAAUCGCCGGUGAAGGUUUCCGAGAUCGAAUAACAGAACUAGUCAAGACCUUGGUCAAUGAAUACCAAACCACUCUUGGCGAAGAUGCUCUUUCAGAGGUUCAAGAUCCUAAUGAAGUAUCGGAACAGCAAAAGAGGUUCUUAUACCAUCUUAAUCGUACUGGUGCUUAUUUCAGAUUGAAGGAACGGCUUAAGGGUGCUGUUGUUGAUGUUGUUCGAGGGGCUCAAUUGCAAAUCUUCUUGUCGGAAGCAUACGUAUUUCUUCUGGACGAGAUGCAUUCUGCUAUCAAUACGAUCUUUACAAAUCCCAGCAUCCUUACAACACAACCAGCACUCCCAUACCCCAUAACUCCCAGCCCGGACCUGACCACCGCUUCAGGACGUCGACAAGCAGCCAGCGUUGCACUAGCACGAUACGCAGACGAAGCAGAGCGUGAUGGAGAUUUACAAGCAGCUUCAUCAUAUCAUCGAGAGCGAAUUGCUCGAGAUGAAGACGAUGCGGAUGCAUGGUUUGAUUAUGCGGCUUUUGAAUUGAGGACUGGUGGUAAAGGAGUUGAAACGCUAAAGGAGGUUUUGUCGAGGUGGCCCAAUCAUGUUAACAGUUUGAUUGCUCAUGGAGCAAUGGUAUCUGCUGCUGGCGAGCAGAUUGAAGCUCGUGUGUGUUUGCAAGCUGCUGUUGAGGGACGUCCUAAUAACAUUCUGGCUCUUACGACGUUGGCCAUGCAUUUGAAUUCAAUCGGAGAAGAAGAGGAGGGUGCUAGAUAUCUUGCUGAAGCAACUAAAUUGCAUCAAGGUUCCGCUAAAGGAGGCUCGAUAUACGGUGUCGUAGCAGCAUUCUUUAUACACGUGAAUGCGGUUGUGCUAGCUGAAGUGGCACUAGCGCAAGAAUUGUUGGUGUCUGGACCAAGUGUGCAUCCAUACCUGCUCUUGUCACGAUUGGAAGCUCAACGCGGAACACCCAGAGCUACGUCACGCGCUACUGAGAAUCUGAGGACUGCGUUAGAGAUUAAGAGGGAUGAUCCUAACGUUUGGGCUGCGUUAGGUCAUUUACAAUACUCGCAAGAGCAAUGGGAAGAUGCUCAACUUAGUUAUGAGACUGUGCUGUCUAUGCCAGAAGAACCAACCGGUCUCGGUCUAGUCUACUCACGCCUAGCCGAUCUAACGCUCCGUUCAGCACUCCCAGCCAACGACAAACUACCUGGUACACUCGCAGUAGACGUAUCAGGAGCACGAUUGGCCAAAUCCAUGUAUUUACGUGCAUGCGAAUUAGAGCCAAGUUCAAGGACAUGGAUAGGUGUUGGUAAAGCUGCAUGGGCGCUUGAUGAGCUUGUUGAAGCUGAGGAUGCCUUUUCGGAAGCAAAUGUGUUAAACAAUCGAGAUCCAGAAGUAUGGGCUUGUUUAUCACUGCUGUGUUUAUCUCUCAAGAGGUCGUUUGAGGCAGAGCAGUGCGCAAGAUAUGCGUUGAAUGUUGGGUUUAGGAGAGUUCCUCUUAUAAGAAAAAUGGGCAAGAUGUUCCUGUCAGCCCAUCUAUCAUCAGCAGCCGCUGAAUGUUUCAGAGUAGCACUUGAAGUCGAUCCCGACGAUAAAGAGACUAGCCAAUUGCUUAUGGACGCGCUGGGAAGCGAUUCGCGUGGCUUCUUAGGAUCUGGAAAUAUACAGUCUCGAAUCAAGAACAUUAAUGGUGUCGAUAGCAGUAAUAGCAGUAUGAAGGGAACGUUUGGAAGGGAUGUGAAUGUUGGUGGUGGUGGUGGGAUGCAAGUCGCUGAUGCUGAGGGAGCUAAAGGCGGUUUGGCAGUGUAG